UAACUAACGUCAGUUGUUUACAUUGAUAAACCUGCUUGUGUUUAUCAUUUAUAAUUACUUUAAAUAUGGUUUAAAAAAGAGGGAUACAUGUACUUGAAUGACGAUGUAGUGAUGACUAUGAACCAAUAGAUCGACCCAAAACAAUAACUCAAAUUAACUCUCGCAUAAAAGAACGUUUUGGUUUAACUCAAUAUAUGUUGAACCUUCAUAAUCAUAUGACAUGGCAUCAAAGCAGAUUCAGUGUGAAAUGUGCGGUAAUGAAAAUGCAGUUGGAUAUUGCAAAAGUUGCGGAUACGUUGGUGAAACUUGUGCAGAUAUUCACAAGACAGUAAAUGUUUUUCAAACGCAUACUGUCAUUAUGCACGAGGCUGUUAAAAUGCAUGAGGAUGGUACAGAAAAUCCAAAUGAUAUAUUGCGGGACAUCACAGAAGAAAGAUGUAAGCAGCAUCUGACAGAAAAGGCGAUAUUUCUUUGUAAAAUUCAUGAUUCCACGAUUUGUGGCCGAUGUCUUCAUUCGGAACAUCGUUCUUGCGUAGAAGAAGUCGUUGACUUGUUGCAUGAAGUAGUUAACAUUGACUGCGAGAAAGUCAACACAAUGAAGUCAUUAUUGAUGGAAAUAAAAAAUGAGAUUCUGCUUUUGAAAAAUGAAGCAGAACACAGUAAGGAGAAUUGCAAUAAAAACGCUGAUAAAUGUGUGCAAGAAUGUAUGGGACUUGGAAAUAAAAUUAAACAACGUGUAGAUGAAUUGACAAGUGGCACUAGAAACGGAAUAACGAAGAAACAUAACGAAAACUUGACCACUCAUUCGCAUAUCACUAAAAUGUGUGAUGAGAAAACCAAGUGGUGUCAUGAUGCAGAAAGUAAAAUUGAUAGUUUUGUUGAUAAAAAUAUGGCUGGACACCUGUAUCUAAUGAACAGACAUUUUGAGAAAGAGGUUUCGGACGUCAGAUCCCACCUUAAAGAAUUCAAACACAAACAUACUUUUAAAGAGUUUGGCUUUAAGGAAAACGAUGUUAUACUAGAAUGCCUGUUUCAGGAUUUGGAGGAGGUUUGUGAACAACAAGAAGAAGUUAAUGGGAGCGACGAUGGAAAUGCGAACGAUGUUGUCGCAUCCACCACAAAAAUUAACAAGACUCGGCGGGAGUUCACCUUACUGUUAAGUCAAGUCAAGCAAGAUUUAGAUCAGUCAGAAAAGGCAAGGAAUGCACUUUGUGAUGAGCUGAAACAAGUGAAACAAGACAAAGAUAAUUCAGAAAAGAAAAGACAGAUACUCGAACAAGAAAUACUGAAAGCGAAACAGGGCAUAGAGGAAUUUGAAAAGACAAGGAAGGGGUUUGAACAAGAGUUACUGAAGGCGAAACAGUGUAUAGAGAAAUAUGAAAAGGUAAGAUAUCAAUACAAAGGUGUAUUUAGUCAAAUAGAUGCAUAA